CUAUAUUAAUCCCUUCUUUGCCUUCAAUAUCAUCACACAUCAUCUCUCUCUACUUCUCUCCACAACAAACCUGAACUCUCUCUUUAGAAACAAACCAUUUCUCAUCUGUAUCUUUCUUCUUGGUUUCUUUCUCUACAAAGAAAGAUCAAAACCCUCUUAGUCUUCUGUUUUCCUCUGUUCUCUGAUCUUGUCUAGAUCUAUAAGAAUAGAAUAAGUCAUGAUGAUGAGAAAAGAAGAUCUUGGUUUGAGCCUAAGCUUAGGACUUUCACAAGAUCACACACCUCUUCAGCUGAGUCAGAAUCCUAACUCGUCCAUAUCCAACAAUCUCCACAGGUUUCCAUGGAACCAAACAUUUGCUUCUACAUCAGAUCUUGGCAAAAUAGAUGUGAACAGUCUUCCAACAACGGUGGAUUGCGAGGAGGAACCGGGGGUAUCCUCUCCUAACAGUACGAUCUCGAGCACCAUAAGCGGCGGGAAGAGGAGUGAGAGAGAAGGAAUCUCUGAGCACGAUGAUAUCACUCCGGAUCGAGGUUACUCGCGUGGAACCUCCGACGAAGAAGAAGACGGAGGUGAAACGUCGAGGAAGAAGCUCAGAUUAUCUAAAGAUCAGUCUGCUUUUCUUGAAGAGACUUUCAAAGAACACAACACUCUCAAUCCCAAACAGAAGCUCGCUUUGGCCAAAAAGUUGAACCUGACAGCAAGGCAAGUGGAAGUGUGGUUUCAGAACAGAAGAGCAAGAACCAAAUUAAAGCAAACGGAGGUGGAUUGUGAAUACUUGAAGCGAUGCGUCGAGAAACUAACGGAGGAGAAUCGUCGACUUCAGAAAGAGGCUAUGGAGCUUCGAACUCUCAAGCUGUCUCCACAGUUCUAUGGCCAAAUGACUCCACCGACUACACUCAUCAUGUGUCCGUCGUGUGAGCGUGUGGCUGGUCCAUCAUCAAACCAUCAACACAAUCACCGGCCCGUUCCGAUCAAUCCGUGGGUUGCUUGUGCUGCUGGUCAAGUGGCUCAUGGGCUAAAUUUCGAAGCCUUGCGUCCACGAUCGUGAGGGGAAGCGUGUUUUGUUGAUUUUUGUUGCUGUGUUGGUUUGAUAUUAAUGUGGCUGUGUGUGGGGUCAUUGUAAUAUUGGAUGAUUGGCCUUCUUUCAUUUAAGUGCUGUGUAUGAUGUAACCUUCAUAUACAUAUAAAUUAGUUAAGAUUAGUUACAAUAGUAACCAAAUUGUGAAGCUAUUUUAAACUA